CGUCAGCAUCUUAUUAUCAGUCCCAGUCUCUUUCUCUCUCUUUCCACUCCUUUUUUGUUACUUCUUUAUUAUUCUUUUAUCUCAAUUUGGCACCCCUCCCUCUCUCUUUUCACCUCCAUCCAUCCUUGUUUGUCUCUCUCCUUCUUUUGGGUUCUCUUGCUGUCACCGUCCCAUUUUCCAUUUUUUCCCCUCUCUCCCAGCAUCUCUUUAUUCCCGCCCUUCUCUCUCUCUCUCUCUCUCUCUCUCUCUCUCUGGGAGUGAAAGACAUAAUACUCCACAACCUGGAGUGUGUCAGAGCGAGAGGAAGCGAGGUCUCAUUGAAAACACGGACAGGAACCUAGCUGUGCGGUUGUAAAUAAUAAGCAAAGUGCAGAAGAGACGCGGGACUAAAGUAGCUUUCUGACCUGAGGACGUCAUUGAAAGUCUGGUUUUGUGGAAAGGGGAAAAUAACCAGAUCUGUUUUUUAAACCAUCUGAGAUGGAGGGAGAGAUAAAAGAAGGGAGGAAGAUCCAGUUUUCGGUUCCCUCCGCAGGUCCGAUUCAGCUCGACCCCAGACAAGUGGAGAUGAUUCGGCGCCGAAGGCCGACGCCAGCCACGCUUUUCCGCAUGACAGAUCACCCGUCUCCAGAGGAAGAGAAUCCCAGCUUUCCGAUGUUUGUUACUGAAAAUGGAGUUUCAAAGCCUAAGAAUACAGACACGGCCGUUUAUCAGCCUCCUUCGCUGAAAGCCGUUCAAAAGAUGGCACAAGCUCACAUCAAAUCUCCAGACACUCCUUCAUCAGAAUCAUCAGACAAUGAGGAUGUUUCUUCAACUACUCCGGGUGAUCCACCGGACGAAAUCAGAUCUGGGAAUUCAAAGUGUCUGUCAUCAUCAGGAGGAUUAACAGAAGAUGAAAAAGGAGAAGUGAAAGCAGAUCAUUUAAGAGCAGAAAUCCCAGAAAACAGGGAGAGAGAGGAAGAAGGGGAAGAAUGAGAGCUGAUGAGGUAGAAACCAGACAGGAAACUUAUAUGUAUGACAUAUAUAUGUCAAUUUUAUGAGAAGAAACAUAUUUUUAUAAAAUGAGCAAAUAAGGAUCACAGAGCUAGUGAGAGAGAGAGAGAGAGAGAGAGAGAGAGAGAGUUUGUGUGUGGGUGUGAGACAGAGAGAGACGAAGAGAAAGGUCAUGUUGAAGGUCAGUAUAUAAAGAAGUGAAGAAAGAGAAGCUGUUGAAGUUAUUAAUGUGUCACAAUGAAGCUUUAAUCAUUUUGCUCAGAUCGGAAACUUCGAGGUCAUUGUACAAUAUGUACAUGUUAAUAAAAUGUAUCUUAAGGCUAUCAUUUAUUUGCUUUUAUACAUCUGGUCCAAAAGUCAAGAACUCCUUUAAUUCUGGUAUUGAUCUAGGAUCGAAUGCAUUAUUACAAAGUGUUGCAUAAUGAUAAAGGAGAGCAUUCAAUUAUUUUAUUUUAAUGUCAUUUUAAACAUUGAUGCCUCAAGCUUGUAUCCAUAAAUCAUUUUUAUGACAUCAAUACAGUCUGUGAUAAGUAACUUGAUAAACAGUAGAAAAAGGUU